AUGUUGCAAACAAGCGCCAGCGUCGUGCCAACCUUUCUGCCGAACAGCUUUCAAUUGAACGAGCAAGGAACGCAGCAAACGAACGAAAUCGAGUUGCAAAUCUCUCUGAGGAACAGCGGUCUAUUGAACGAGCAAGGAAUACAGCAAAUGAACGAAAUCGAGUUGCAAAUCUCUCUGAAGAACAGCUGUCUGUUGAACGAGCAAGGAAUACAGCAAAUGAACGAAAUCGAGUUGCAAAUCUCUCUGAAGAACAGCUGUCUAUUGAACGAGCAAGGAAUACAGCAAAUGAACGAAAUCGAGUGGCAAAUCUUUCUGAAGAACAGCGUUCCCUGGAACGAACAAGAAAUGCAGAAAAUGAACGAAACCGAGUUGCCAGUCUCUCGGAAGAUCAACGUUCCCUUGAACUGCAACGGAACGCAAAGAACAAAAGAAAAAGAAUUGCAAAUAUGCCAACCUCUCAACUCCCUGGCCAAAGACGUGCAAAUCGCCUUGGCUUUUGCAUCAAUGGGGGCAAAUAUCUCCCCACCGCCUGGAUAUGGACCUUAUUGUUUUCGAAUUAAUGGUCAAAUCUACCACAGAACUGGAUCUCUUCAUCCAACAAAUGGUGGCCAAAGAAAAUUUGCCCAACUUUAUAUUCUUGACCCCGGUGAGGCAUGUGAUCAGAGAAUGAUGAUCCGGGAGAAUGCACAUUGCAAUGUAGAAAUUAUGCGCGAGUUGAGUUCAUUCAUGGCUCAAAAUAAUCCUUUCGCUAAAGCGUUUAAAAUGCUUCAUGAGGUUGAAAAAGAAUGCUUAGCAGAAGCUAUUCUUCAUGGAGUAGAACCAGCAACAGUAUCUAUGGCAAUUGUUCAAGAUCGCAAUUCUGACCAAAGACGCUAUAAUGCACCACGAGUAAAUGAAGUUGCAAUAAUUUUCCAAAAUGCUGAUGGUGAACCUCCACUUGAAAGAGACAUUCUCAUCCAUUGUAGACCAAAUGAAAACGAUUCAAAUCCUAAGAGGACGGAAAGAAUUAGUAUUUUGGAUCCCAAUUUGGAACCAAUGGUAUAUCCGCUGUUAUUUCCACAUGGAGAUCAAAGUUGGGGAAUUGACCUUAAACUAAAUCGGCCUCCAUCAUUGGCAAAUUUGAGUAGAGCUACUGCUAAUCCAAGAACAAGGAUUACUCAAAUGCAGUAUUAUGGGCACCGUCUAUCAAUUCGUGACGAGCUUAAUCCAUUUCUGUGUGCAGGAAAGCUGACUCAGCAAUACUUUGUAGAUGCCUACGUAAAAACUGAAGCAAAUAGAUUAAAUUUCUGCCGACAAAACCAGGGUACUUUACGGGCUGAACAAUAUGCUGGCCUAAUGGAUUAUAUACAAACUGCGGCCAACGAACAAGGGCUAAUACCUGGAAGAGCGGUAAUAUUACCUUCUUCUUUCAUCGGAAGCCCAAGAAAUAUGGCACAAAAUUACCAAGAUGCUAUGGCAAUUGUCAGGAAAUUUGGAAAGCCCGACUUUUUUGUAACUAUGACAUGCAAUCCAAAAUGGCCCGAAAUAACAGAUAACCUUCAAUAUGGCCAAAAAGCUGAAUUUAGGCCCGAUUUAAUAGCACGAGUGUUUAACCUAAAGCUAAGAGAAUUAUUGGACGAUAUUUCCAAGAAACAUAUACUUGGAAUUUUAACAGCAAAGGUUCAUGUAAUUGAAUUUCAAAAGAGGGGUCUUCCGCAUGCCCACAUUCUUUUAAUGGUUAAAAAUGACGGCCCUGUGGAUGCCGAAAAACUUAAUCAGCUUAUAUCCGCUGAAAUCCCAGAUAUUAAUGACUAUCCUCGAUUACAUGCAAUUGUAACAAAGCAUAUGGUACAUGGCCCCUGUGGUGCUGCAAAUAUAAACUCACCAUGUACGGGACCUGACGGGAAAUGUACAAAAGAAUUUCCAAAGCCUUUUCAAAAUGAAACUUUGGUAAACUGCGAUGGUUAUCCAAAAUAUCGUAGACGAAAUUCUGGCCAAACUGAUGUAAAUGGCAGACAGAUUGACAAUUCCUGGAUUGUCCCCUAUAAUCCAUACAUGAGCUUGAAAUAUAAUUGUCACAUUAAUGUAGAAAGCUGUGCAUCUGUAAAAAGUGUCAAGUACCUUUUCAAAUACGUGUAUAAAGGACAUGACUGUGCAAAUAUUGCUAUCUCUGAACAAGACGUCGUUAAUCAUGAUGAAAUUAAAACUUUUAUGGACUCAAGGUACGUAAGUGCUCCAGAAGCUGCUUGGCGACUUUUUGGGAAUUCUAUGCAUGAGCAGUCACAUACAAUUUAUAGACUGCCCGUACAUCUUCCGAAUGAACAAAAUGUGUAUUUCAAAGCAAAUAAUGUGGAAGCUGCCGCUGAAAGAGCCGCAACAAAAGAAACAAUGCUUACGUCUUGGUUCAAAUUAAACGAUACAGAUGAAGAUGCAAGGCCUCAUUUAUAUGCCGAUAUACCCGAGCAUUAUGUUUUUAACAAAGUAAGUGGAGUCUGGACACCACGUAAGAAAAACACAAAUAAUACAAUCGGUAGAAUGUACCCUGUUAAUUUAUCUACCGACGCAGAAAAAUAUUGCUUAAGACUAUUGUUGCUCCAUAAGCGAGGGGCUACUUCCUUUGAAGACCUUAGAACCGUGGAUAACAUAAUCUAUCCAACAUUUAAAGAAGCUGCCCAAAAAUAUGGCAUAUUUAGUGAUGAUGCUACUUGGGACUUGGCAUUAACUGAUGCUGCAAUUUGGAAAAUGCCUCGGCAAAUGAGAGACUUAUUUGCAUAUAUAUGCGUGUUUGCAGUUCCUCCUAACGCUUUGGAACUGUUUGAAAAAUACAAAUCCGAUUUAUAUGAAGAUUUUGCACGAAAUCAAAGGCAUAAUCACACACAGAAUUGUCCACAUUGCACAAAUCUUGCUUUAGUAGAAAUUCAAGCAAUUCUAAUCUUGAACUACAAGAAAUGCGAAGACUUUGGCUUGCCCUCUCCACCAGCUAACAUGCGUGCGGCUUCAGAAGAAUAUUUUGAUGUACUUGCAGAGAAACAAAAAGGUGACGCAUUGCAAGAUACUCUUAACUGUGAACAACGAAAUGCUUUCGAUACAGUAUUAAAUGCUGCCGAAAAUGACAACCUUCCGCACAGAAUAUUCUUUAUGGAUGGAGUUGGUGGAAGCGGGAAAACACAUGUCUACAAGACCAUACUUUCGACAGUGCGUGGCGAAGGAAAUAUUGCAUUACCUAUGGCAUCAACCGGAAUUGCAGCCAAUUUGCUUGAUGGUGGACGAACUUACCAUUCGCAGUUUAAAUUCCGCAUACCUAUAGAUGACACAACAACAUCGCCAAUUCGAUCUAAAUCAGCAGAUGCUGAGUUAUUUCGACAAGCAAAAUUGCUUAUCUGGGAUGAAGCUACAAUGGCCCCAAGUUUUGCAUUAGUAGCAGUAGACAGAUUUCUCAAAGAAGUCAUGAAUAAUCAAAAGCCACUUGGUGGUAAAGUUCUCUUAUUAGGAGGUGACUUUAGACAAACUUUACCUGUAGUUCCCCAUGCAAGUAGAUCUGCCAUUGUAGAAGCGAGUUUGAAAUUUAACAGCUUAUGGCGAAGAGUCAAAAUUCUACACUUACUUAGUAAUGUUAGGUCUGUAGACAAAAGCUAUAGUGAUUGGCUACUAAAAUUGGGAGAUGGCACAUUAGAAACUCCUCUUGGCCUCCCUAAGGAUACAAUUGAAAUCCCAGAACAACUUAUUUGUCGGGAGUCAAUAAUUUCUGAAAUAUACGGAGAACGUCUUACUGUUGCCAAUGUUGCCAACUUUUCAAAAAUGGCAAUUUUGUGUCCAAAAAACACGGACGUUGACAAAAUAAAUGAAGAAAUUUUAAAUAUUCUUGAAGGAAAUUCGGUAACUUAUUUCAGUACUGAUUCUGUGGAUGAUGAAAAUGCAGAGGAUAAACAACAUUAUCCUGUUGAAUUCCUAAACGGUUUAACGCCAUCUGGAAUGCCUGUUCACAAGUUAAAUCUUAAAAAGGGCAGCAAUAUUAUGCUCCUUAGAAAUUUAAAUACCAAGCGAGGACUAUGUAAUGGCACCCGUCUAAUUAUUGAAGACUUGAAGCCCAAUUUAAUAAUUGCAAAAGUGCUUACAGGGUCUGCACAGCAACAAAUUGUAUUCAUUCCAAGAAUUGAUUUGUCCACUGCAAAUGCAGAUUUGCCAUUCGUUUUACGAAGAAGGCAGUUCCCAAUUAAAUUGGCAUUUGCAAUGACAAUUAAUAAGUCUCAAGGGCAAACUUUAGACAAGGUCGGAGUAUAUCUACCUGAGCCAGUUUUUAGCCAUGGACAAUUAUAUGUUGCAUUGUCAAGAGUGCGACGCUUUGCAGAUGCAAAAAUUAAGAUAAUAGACGGCCCAGAACAAGGAAAACUGAUUGAGGGCUCAGACAGAGUUUUUACUAAAAAUGUGGUCUACGAAGAAAUAUUUUCGAAGCAAUUAGACCCGGAUGGUCAAUAAUUUUAGUUAAUUUGAGCUAGCGGUGGCUCAGACAAAUGUACCGUCCGUGCUUUCUUAAUAAAAUU